CUAAAUCAAAGAUGGCGGCGAAGCAAAAAGUAUGUGACGCGAGGGCCGAACUUGCAGAACUCGUCAAGAGACGCAGUGAGAUUGCUGACACUUUGGCGAACCUUGAGAGGCAAAUCUACGCCUUCGAAGGAAGCUAUCUAGAAGAUACUCAGCUUUAUGGCAACAUCAUUCGAGGAUGGGAUCGUUACCUCUCAGCGCAAAAAAACCCAGCCCUCAAAGCAGAUAAAAGAAGUCGGAAGAUCAAAGAUUCUGAUAGAUUGUUUUCUAUGUCCUCGAUUACAUCAAUGGCGGCUGUGAAUCGGACUGGUGACAAUGCAGGAGACAGAGGUCAUCACAGUGAGACUGAUUCCCAAGGCAUCCAGAGCAGUACAGAGGAUCUGACAGCUGAUGUGAAGACUGAAGCAGAUGAUGCAUCUCUACAUAAUAGUGAGACGGAGGAAACAGCAUCUCUCAAAGAAAACAAAGUCUCCAAGACCACUCAUGGCCGAGGCAGACCCAAAAAGUCCUCUACAAAUAGCAAAAAGUCCUCUGAGAAGAGGUGAUCUGUGAUUUUUUUUUCAAUGAAAAUGCCUGCCUGCAAUGACUGCUGAGUUUCCAUAACUUUUUUUCCUUCAGAUAUGCAGAGUUGAAUAAUUAGUGCUGAAAUGUUUUUGUUGUUCUUUUGCUGAGAUUUUUCCUUCCCUUUUGCCAUGACUCCUAACAAUCAUUGGAGAAGCAGGAUAUUGAAAAUAGGGGUGGUUGUGCAUUUCAGUUCCACUGCUUUCAUAAAAUGUUCAGAGGAACUUCAAAAUAUUAUUUUUUUCAGGCAACAUCAUUUUAAGUAAUGCAAUAGAUUGAAGACGUACGUUUAAUGACGUUUUCUAUUGGAAACUAUGAAUAUGAUGAGGCUUUCAAACACUGCAAAACUGUUAUUACUAACACAACAAUGAAUGAUGCUUUCAUGAUCAUGUAUGCAAUCAUGUUGGUACAAGAUAGCGUCAAAAUGACC